AAUUGGCAAAUGGAAAACCUUUCCUACCCAAGGAACAUGUUACUCCUGGAGGGGUUAAAUGUCACACAACAGUCCUCCUACCCAGCCUUCAUCCUUCUUCUCAUCAUUUACAUCUUCAUCAUGGUGUCCAAUAUCAGCCUCAUUGUGCUGAUCACAAUGGAGAGGAGCCUGCACCAUCCCAUGUACAUCAUCUUCUGCAACCUACCUCUCAAUGAUGCACUUACAGCCACUGUUAUCAUCCCCCGUUUGCUGAGUGACAUAUUCGUGGCAAGCACAGAACGCUACAUAAACUAUAUUGAAUGUGCUAUCCAAGCAUUUGGCGCUCACAUGUUUGGUACCAGCUCACAUACAAUAUUGAUGAUAAUGGCCUUUGACAGAUAUGUGGCAAUCUGUAAGCCCUUGCAAUACACUCUGAUAAUGACCAACAGGAUGAUUGUUAAACUAAUUGUGUUUGCAUGGGGUUCUGCUUUUCUCUUUGUUGGGGUUCUCUUGGGCCUCACCUUCCGACUUUCUCGUUGCAGAUCGGAAAUUCUUCACCCUUUCUGUGACAAUGCCUCAAUAUUUAAACUCUCCUGUGAAAGCACUAUUAUUAAUAAUAUCUAUGGACUCACUUUUACCGUGUUACUCCUGGGAUCGUCAAUGGGGAGUUUGAUAUUGACAUACCUUAGGAUAGCUAUAGUGUGUAAGAAAAACAAAAACCGGGUUCUGAGUAGCAAGGCCCUGCAGACCUGCUCCACACACCUGACUGUAUAUAUAAUUAUGCUGGUUUCUGGUUUCACCUUCAUCUUACUUCAUCGCUUUCCUGAAUGGUCCAACCACAGAAAACUGGCAGCAAUUUUGUUUUAUGUGAUUCCUCCUUGGGUUAAUCCUAUUAUCUAUGGUCUGCAGACCAAAGAGAUCAGGCAGAAACUUGUCAGUAAGUUUUAUCCAAAAAAGUGA